ACUGUGCAAAAUAAAAUACCAGAUGGAUCCACCCAUCAUCCACUUCCGUCCCAAACGAAACGACCCCUGAAACAAAUAAAAUAAAAAAUUCAUCACAAUUUCUAUUAGAUCCACAUCUACUCAAACUCAUACUCCUAAUCCAGAUGCUCAUCACACACUAAAAAAUCGAUCGCAUUCCUUUAAACAACUUCAAAUCUCUCUCUCUCUCUCUCUCUCUCUCUACCUCUCACACUGUAAAAUGCUCAUUCUAACAAGAUCUUGAAGAAGAAGAAGAUCAUGGAGUCGCAGCCUUCCCGUCAAUCGGGAAGGUACACAUUCGAAGAAGCAAUCUCCAGAGAAUCUCCCACCGCGUUAACCAAAUCAAAUUCCGAUGCUGCCGCAGCUGCCAGUAGCCAGAGCUUAUCGUCGAUCCUCAACAACCCGCACGUCGCCAAAUCUGAUUGGUGGUGGUAUUCUUCUUCGUCCUCGUCUCUCGCUCCUCCCGAAUUCGCGCCUCUAAUCUCCAAGGCCUCUUCGGAGCUCACCCGAUCCGAUUUCUCCACCUACUUCAGCUCAAUCUCCGAUACCUACAACCGGUUCGAGGACAUUCGGAACCACUCCACCAAGGAUUUGGAGUCCUCGGCUUCGGACUCUCAAGGCCACGGCGGCGAAGCGCUCGUCGCGUGCUUGCGCGAGGUUCCGGCGCUUUACUUCAAGGAGGAUUUCGCGUUGGAGGACGGCGCGACGUUCCGGGCGGCGUGUCCGUUCUCGACGGCGGCCGAAAACCUGGUCCUGCAGGAGAAGCUUACGCAGUAUUUGGACGUGGUAGAGUUGCACUUGGUGAAGGAGAUUUCCUUGCGGUCCAACUCGUUCUUCGAGGCGCAGAGGCAGCUGCAAGACUUGAAUGUCGAGAUCGUUGAAGGAUGCUCGAGGAUCCGGGAGUUGAAGGAGACGAUUCGGCUUUUGGAUGUGGAUCUGGUCGAUUCGGCUCGACAAGUUCAGCACUUGAAUGCUACUAGGACUAACUUGUUGGCUCUUCACCAUAAAUUCAAUCUCAUUUUAUACGUCAAACAGUCUCUCUCAGCUCUCAAAUUGCUUGUUGCAUCUGGAGAUUGUGCUGGAGCAUUGGACAUCACUGAUGAUUUGCAGAAUCUGGUGGAUGGGGAUGAGCUUACAGGUUUACACUGUUUUCGUCACCUUCGAGAUAAUGUAGCAGCUUCAAUUGAGUCCAUUAACAGCAUUCUUUCAGCAGAAUUUAUGCGUGCUGCAAUACAAGAUUCUGGAAAUUCAGAUGUAGUAAUUUUGUCACAAGUGAAAGCAAGGGCUUCCAUUCCAACUAAUGGAAAAGAUGAUGAUCAGGUUAACUUGGAUGAGGAAGAGACCACUAAUUUUCGAGAUUGUCUUCUUCCAAUCAUAAUUGGAUUGCUCAGAACUGCUCAGCUUCCCUCUGUGUUGAGGAUAUACCGAGACACGCUUACUGCUGAUAUGAAAAAUGCUAUUAAGAAUGCAGUCGCAGAGCUGCUUCCUGUCCUUCUUGCCAGGUCAGAGUCAGAGUUCUCCCCUGGAGAGCGAACAGUUGAUGCAGAUGGUGGAGGUGCAUCACUUGCAAGCAAGUUGAGGAGCCUGUCAUCUGAAAGCUUUGUUCAACUUUUGAGUGCUAUUUUCAAGAUUGUACGGGCACAUGUAGUGCGGGCGGCUGAAGUGAAAAAGGCGAUUGAGUGGAUCAUGAAGAACCUUGAUGGUCACUACGCUGCUGAAUCAGUUGCUACUGCAAUUGCACUUGGUGCUGCAGCUGCAGAAACAACUGAGGACCAUGAUGAUCAAGGUGGUUCGCUUCUGCCAUUUUCAUCUCAGAGAGCUGCCAGGUUUUCUUCAUUUCAGGGAAAAGCAAAUGAUGCCAUAAGUCCCUCAAAUAUGUCAAUAAAUUUCAGCACUGAUGUAUUGCGAGAAAACACAGAAGCUGUUGUUGCAGCUUGUGAUGCUGCUCACGGAAGAUGGGCUAAGCUCCUAGGGGUCCGUGCUCUUCUUCAUCCUAGGUUGAGAUUGCAGGAGUUUUUAUGCAUAUACAACAUCACACAGGAGUUUAUAACUGCUACAGAAAAGAUUGGUGGAAGGAGGGGAUUCAGCAUACGGGGAACACUGAACUCUCAGGCCAAAGCCUUUCUUGACUUCCAGCAUGACUCUCGAAUGGCAAAAAUAAGGGCGGUGCUUGACCAAGAAACGUGGGUGGAAGUAGAUGUUCCUGAUGAAUUUCAGGCCAUCGUCAUUUCACUUUGUAGUUCUGAAGCAUUGAUUUCUGAGAACCUUGAUCAUGUUCAAAAUAAUGUGGAAACAAACCAUGGUGAAGUGAUUGCAUUCAAUGAUGGCUCUCUUGUAGAAGAUACUGCACAAGGGAAGCCUACUCCCUUGGCUGAGGCUGCUGAUAAAAAUAAAGCUUCUUUGGCUCAUAGUAACGAUAGUAAAAUGAAGGAGCAUGGAAAAUCUACAUCUCAAACCCUUUCGUACAAAGGUGUUGGUUAUCACAUGGUAAACUGUGGCUUAAUAUUACUGAAGAUGUUGUCAGAGUACAUUGAUAUGGGCAACUUUUUGCCAUUACGGUCUUCAGAAGUUGUUCAACGAGUUGUCGAAAUUCUUAAAUUUUUCAAUACAAGGACUUGUCAGCUUGUUCUUGGUGCUGGUGCUAUGCAGGUGUCUGGUUUGAAGUCUAUCACUUCUAAACACUUGGCCCUGGCAAGUCAAGUGAUCAGUUUUAUAUAUGCUAUUAUCCCUGAUAUCAGGAGAAUUCUUUUUCUGAAAGUACCUGAGACACAAAAAGAAUUAUUGCUGUCGGAGAUUGACCGAGUGGCUCAAGAUUUUAAGGUUCACCGAGAUGAAAUACAUACAAAGCUUGUUCAGAUAAUGAGAGAAAGGUUAUUAGUUCAUGUGCGUGGCUUGCCCCAAAUUGUUGAGGGCUGGAAUAGACCUGAAGAUGCUGAUGCACAGCCCAGUCAGUUUGCUCGUUCCCUUACCAAGGAAAUUGGAUUCCUUCAACGCGUUUUAUCUCGGAUUUUACAUGAUGUAGAUGUUCAAGAAAUUUUCAGGCAAGUGGUUAUUAUUGUUCAUUCACAAGUUUCAGAAGCAUUUUCACGCUUAGAGAUCAGCACUCCACAAGCAAAGGAUAGGCUGUAUCGAGAUGUUAAGCACAUUCUUGGAUGUAUCCGAUCAUUGCCUUCUGAUGAUUUGAGUAGAUCUAGUACUCCAAACUGGGGGCAAUUAGAUGAAUUCUUGGAGCAAAGAUUCGGGACCAAAGCUGGUUAAUAGAUUUUAUUGUAAAGUAGGAAAUUGAUUACUUCUCUGGUGAAGGCUACCAGAUUUCAGUGAAGCUUUUGAGGAUGUCGGAACCAAUUAUACGACUUCGUGUUUGCCUUGUACAAUUUUGAGGUAAUAAGGUUUCAAUUGCUUUAAGGUAGAUGUAUAAAACAGUCACAUUCAAAUGUUGCGGCAAGAAGGGACUUGUAAGCAGAAUUUUUGUACCAGUCACACUUGAUAUACAGUUUGUAAUGAUAGCACCAUGAUGUUUUGUUCCCCUGAUUGUAGUUUUGGGUUUAGAUGGAACAUAUUGAUUUGUUUGAGUUAGUGAACAAGAUAUUGGCGUUGCCUCUUUUCUGUUCCAGGGGUUGAGUUAUAUCUUUGUAACUUUACGUGCUUAGCUUACAAAUGCGUUCUCAAAUCUUUGAUUAGAUUUUUCCCUUCUCCCAUUUAAUACAUCUAUAUGUUAUCUAGUC